GGGCUGGUCUCCCCCCUGUUGCUGCCUGCCUAACAAACACAGAGCUGAUGACCGUGGGCAUCCUCGCAACGAUGGUCACUGCUAGAAAGACACGUAACGGUACCUGUGAGGUAAAGUCUGUCAUGAGUUAAAGGGUAGUUUUGCCGGCGGCUCAGAACCGUAUGUUAGCUAAAUGAAGUCUGACAAGCUAACGUCAGGUUUAGCUCUUUUCAAGCAGCUAGCUUCAGUCUUGGCUAAAAGUGCUGCCUGCCACUAGCAGCUAGGUUAAGUCAGCACAAUCUUGUGAGAGCCGCUAGCCUUCUGAAGUUGCUCAUUACAUCUAUUGUAUCCAGCUGGCUAACGGCGUUAGCUAGCGUUACUUCUUUAGCCUGAGGUGUCAACCGGUUUGUAGCUAGGUUACGCUGCAGACUGUGGGCAUAGCUCCGCUGUCUGCUUACCUACUCUAUUUAGGGAAUGACAAACUGAAGCAAAUGGCUUUUACUCUUAAAUUAGCUAUUUAAGCUAGCAAUGCGUACUACACUAUUUCAGAAUAACGUUAGCCCGCCGGCAUCGGAUUAUUGUACUCUGUGGUACAACUGUGCCCUGCCCAGCAGUGUCACUCGUAGUAUUUCGCAUAAUGAGUGAUCAUUAUGUAAAAGUCAAGGUUCAACUCGAGCAAAUGAAAUCAUGCGGCGAGGAUGCAGAGAAACAGGGUGUGGAUACUGAGGAGCAGCUGCCAGUGUCUUCUUCCCCUGCUUCUGUCUCACCAGACCCUUCCAGCAUCACCGUAGCUAGGGGAGAUGCAUCCAACACCUCCAUCACUUGUAAACACAGAGGUAAAAGUCGCAGUAAGCAGGGAAAAGAUGACAAGAACUCUUGUGGCAAACACAUCUCAGAUCUGUCAUUGCAUGGGUCUGUAGUUUCUGCUCAUGUUGGGAAAAACUUGAAUGGACUUGGGCAUGAGAAGACACUUCACAUUAAAGGAACUGGAAAGAUACUGCAGGGCAAGUCAGAGCCUAAUGGGAACUAUUUGACCAUCCAUGCAUCCAAAAACAUUCAAGACACACGCCGUGAGGACGGAUUCAAACUUGCAAGGAAGAGAAGACCAGUGACAGUGGAUACAUCGAAAGCCAAAACCUCGUUGGAGGCACUGAAGUUAAGCAUCAAGCAGCUAAAGUGGAAAGAGUUUCCUCUGGGAAGACGAACAGUCUGUGAUAUCUACUGGCAUGGCGUCUCCUUCCAUGAUAAUGAAAAUAUCGUCUCAGGGCAGGUGAACAAGUUCCCAGGAAUGAUUGAAAUGCUGAGGAAGAUUAACCUGAGUCGGGCAGUGCGGACUAUGCAGGAACUGUUCCCAGAAGAGUACAACUUCUAUCCCCGUUCCUGGAUUCUGCCUGAGGAGUACCAGCAGUUCUCCACACAGAUUCGCAUGGUGAAGGAGAAUGAUGCCACGGUGAAUCCCACCUUCAUUGUCAAGCCAGAUGGGGGCUCUCAGGGGGACGGCAUCUACCUCAUCCGUGACCCCAGUGACCUAAAGCUCAUGACGGGUUCACAGGCCAAACAGGCUGUAGUCCAGGAGUACAUCCAGAAGCCGUUACUCAUCGACAAGCUCAAGUUUGAUAUCCGCCUAUAUGUACUGAUAAAGUCUCUGGAGCCAUUGGAGAUCUACAUUGCCAAGGAAGGCCUGACACGUUUUUGCACCGAACCCUACCAGGAGCCAAGCCAGAAGAAUCUGAGCCAUGUCUUCAUGCACCUGACAAACUACUCCCUCAACGUCCACAGCGGCAACUUUGUCCACUCAGACAGCCAGAGCACAGGAAGUAAACGCACUCUCUCCAGCGUGCUCUACAGGCUCGCAGCUAAAGGUGUAGACAUCAAGAAGGUGUGGUCAGACAUCAUCGCUCUUGUCAUCAAGACGGUCAUUGCUGUGGUGCCUGAACUUAAAGUUUAUUAUCAGGCUGAUAUACCGCCAGGCAAACCAGGACCCACAUGCUUCCAGAUAUUAGGUUUUGACAUCCUGCUGAUGAAGAACCUGAAGCCAGUUUUACUAGAGGUCAACUCCAACCCCAGUAUGAGGAUAGAACACGAAAAGGAGGUAUCACCAGGAGUUUUUGAAUAUGUUCCCAGUCCUGUGGAUGAAGAGGUCAAAGUGGGUGUUAUUAGGGACACUCUGCGCCUAAUGGACCCUGGCCACAAGAAACCUUCAAUCUCUCAAUCAAGGGCCGGUGGGUCUGAACACAGGGAGGAGAUUCCCAUGGAGGGAGAGACACAAGAGAGGAGCUCGGAUGAAGGACCUCUGCCCUCGCUGUGUCUGAAGCAGGUCUACCCCAAGUACACCAAACAGUUCAACCACCUGCGGCUGGUGGAGCGAAUUGCAGUUCUGUUCAUACGCUUCCUUGGGGUCAAGGGCAACAUGCGUCUGGGCCCCACUGCCUUCCGAACCUUUAUCAGGACGUGCAAACUGAGCAACAGUAACUUCACCAUGGCUUCAGUGGACAUCCUCUACAUUGACAUCACACGUCGUUGGUCAGGAACGAUGCCUGAUUCUAGAGAAGCAGGGAUGGGAGUACAAGCAUUUGUGGAAGCCUUUUUCUUCCUGGCAGGUCGCAGGUUCAAAUCCCUGGUGCUGAGGGAGCAGGUAGUGUCACUGCUGGAGCUGUGUGAGGCUCAGCUUGAGUCCCAGUCGGGUGUCGAAGACAGACGCUCGGUGAGUUGUAGCAGGGCGCUGCCACGAGCCGUCAAGACUCAGACCCUGGGCCUCACCAACCCACAGCUCGGCUCUCCGGCUCCCCUGCGAAGGGCGGCCAGCCAGGACUACCGACUGCAUCAAAGACUCAAGCCUCGCACACUCAGGGCCAACGUGGACAACUGACGAGAGAGGGCAUCGACUAGUCAUCCAACUCCCAAACACUGCCUUUAGCCUUCUCCACAGGAGCAGGGAAAUUAGGUGUCCACCUCUGCUCAGCUGCUCCCACGAGGGUGGGAUGACGGGAGCCGAGAGAAGGACUAGCUUGACCCCUGCUGGCUGACUUGCAGGAGGACUGUUCUCAGCCUGAUUGCUUUUUCUUCAGAGCAGGAAGAUGUCUGCAGGGGUUUUGCAGUGGAAAUGGAACAAGGGAUAGGAGGAAGUUGGUGCAUUUCUUUCUCCCCUCCUGGUGUUAUCAUAUAUGAACAGUGUGGUCCAGCCAGGAGGAGGAUAUGGCUACUUCUAAUAUUCUUACUGAUUCUACAGAGCAGCUAUUUGCUUCCCUUCACCUUUGUCUGGCAGCACAUUCACUGAAAGAUACAGGGAAAACAUUAGACGCUCCUCUUCAAUAGAUUUACACACAUCACACGCAAGUAAAUAAAUAGGUGUAAGGGAGUAUCCUUAGUAUGUGUAUUAUAUAAUUGAAUUUGCACAAAAAAUCUUUGAACUAUUACAUUUGCACAGAAAUGGAUGUGAGGGUGACAGAGCAUUUGUGUGGGUAUAUUGUGUAUGUUUGAGUGUGUGUGUGUGUGUAUGUACUGUACUGUACCAUAGUUAUUUGUGUUUAGUUCAGUGGUGAGAGCCUAUUUACAACCAGUGGCUCAGCUGUGCGUCCAUUAGUGAUGAGUUAGUGAAUAAGUAUUCAAAGGGAAAAGGCCACUUAUCCUUUCAGUUCUGCAGCUAUUCCAGUCAGGCAGCCUCAGACCUUCACACAACAUAGUCUUAAGAUGAUUUCUUUGUAGCCACACAACUGCCAUGGGGAGUUAAUUAUUUCCAAAGUAAUUGCAAAAGCACAAAAAUUUCACAAUUUAGACAGAUGCUAUCUGAAUGAUUAAAAAACAACGCUUUUGUAAUAAAACCAGUGUGUGAUGUGGCUGUCAGUUAGACACAGCCACUGGUGGAUGCCAACCAGAGGUCGCCGUCUUUUCAAAUUAUUUACACCACAGUCACCCACUGAACAUUAAUGUUUGAAUUGUAAGUAGUUUUCCUCCAGUUUGUUUUUGAGAUUGUGAAAUGUGAUGUGUUACACAGAAGAACACUGAAUCUUACCACUGACACACCUGCAGUGUGGGCAGCUGUUUAACUCAUACAGUGAACUAAACAUGCUAUACAUGCUGUAGGACUGACAUAUUUACUGCAGUAUGAUAACAUGAAGUAGAAUUAUAAGAUUAUUAACAAUUAUCAAUUA